AUGCUCAUCAUUCAUACGUUAAUUGAUAGUUAUGAAAGCGAACAGGUAAAGCGAAUAACAGUCAAAAAAUUAUCAAUGAUAAACAACAUGGAAAUGUCUAAUUCAGAUGGACAAUACGAGCCGAUGCAAAAACCCUCAAUGUUCGGUUCAAAACGAAUCAAGAUCGGUCUUGCAGUAUUUUUAAUUUUGGGUCUCCUGGCAAUUGCAGUUGUGAUUGUUGUUUCUUUGAUUCCAGUAUUCUUUGAAAAUACUGCAACAAGCUCAACGACAAGUUCGUCGAAAGAAUCAAACUACAUUACGAAUACAUAUGCUUCAACUCUUAACCUCACCAGUACACAAAAUACAACGGUUACAGACACAGCCAGUGUUGCUCGACAAUUAGAAACAGCUGCUGGUUUAACAUCGAAUUCGAUCAACGUCUACGAUGUCCAAUUCACUACCGACAGCUCAAGCAGUACCGGUCGUCGUCGUCGUGAUUUAGAGAAUCAACGCAACAAACGCCAAUCGUUUCAAUGUAAUUCCAGAGCAUUAAGUCAAAACUUUACCCGUCUCCUAAUCAAACUGACCAUCGUUUACCCAAAAUCAUGUGGUGUAUCACUGAUUUGCAAGCAAAAAUUUCUCACGAAUGCUCAAAGUCGUCUCGGCGUCAGCAAUAAUUUUCCUCUCCAAUUUACAUUUGCUGACGGACGACCAUUCAAUUUUCAAGUCAUGUUCUGUAAUUCGGUCGUAGAGUCAACAUCUCCAGGCACUUCAGGCGUUACAACCACAGCAGCAGGUGCAACCUCAACAACGUCUGGUACUACGACUACAACCACCACAGUGUUCACUCCCAAUCUUUUCCAACAGCAAGCGUUGGCACAAACGAAUGUCGAUCGCGCAGUAUGCUGUGCUCCUGCGAUGAUACUAGAUGCCGAUAUAACGGCAAUCGCGCAAACUUAUGCACAAAAAUUAUGCGAUACGAAUACUUUUGUACACAGUGGAAAUACGUAUCAAGGGAAUUGGUUAGGUGAAAAUAUAUGGGAUUAUGGUGGAAGUGGUCAAACAAACAUCAAUUCUAUCAAUGAACCUUCGGAAAUACUCGAACAAGCAUAUAGGAAUGGAGACAAGUAUGCUUAUUUGGAGGAACAUACUAUAGAUCUUACAGAAUUUAUCCAAUUUCGAACGAAAGAUCCAUCCAGAAGAAGACCUAUAAAACGGGUUCUAAUUGACAAAAAGUCAUUACUGAAGCCUAUAAAAGAACUCGGACACGGUGCGUUUGGUACAGUAUAUCUAGGCACGUAUGGUAAUAGCCAAGUAAUCGCUUAUAAAGUUAUAAGAUCAAGUUCAUCGAAAGAAGCGAUGAGAGAAGCGAAUAUCUUGAAAACGCUGAGUCAUCCGAACAUUGUUCGAUACAUCGAUGUCAUUCCCACGGCAAACCAUAUAUUACUGGUCAUGGAAUACAUAGAUGGAGGUACAAUGUUUAAGUACAUUCGAAAGACAUCAUAUUCAAAUAAGUAUUGGAGUGAUUGUAAGAAAAUGAUGAUCGCUGUGGCCUUUGCUCUGAAUUAUUUGUCUGAAAAGCACAUUAUCCAUGCUGAUUUGAAAUCGGAUAAUAUCUUAUUGAAAUCAGAUAACACAGCAGUUCUCUCUGACUUUGGUCUUUCGAAAGUUGUCAAAGACUCAGACAUACCAUUCAGCAACGCGGCUAGAGGCGCUAUACGAUGGUGGGCACCUGAACUUUGCGCCAGUCAUCGGGAGCCACCUUCGUAUUCCUCCGAUGUGUGGGCUUAUGGAUGCGUCCUUUUGGAAAUAAUAACGAAAAAAUAUCCUUGGGAAGAUUUUAUCGGAGACAACGGCGCACUGAUGGAUGCUCUUGCUGAUGAUCGCAAUAUUAAAGCAUUCGAACAUUUUUGUUAUAAUCUGAAUGCGCCGGAUAAUUUUCAUAAAAUACUUCGUUCCUGCUGUUCUUGGUCAAAAAAUCAUCGGCCAAAUUUCAAAAGAAUUAUCAACGAUUUUAAUGAGUUAUCAAGUGCCGAUAGUAAUGCUCAAAAUAAAUCUGAAGUCUCAUUUGACUUAAGUGAAGAUGAAAGUUACUCAUCAUACCCAACUCCACGACUACAGAGCGAACAGGUAAAACGAAUAAAAGUCAAAAAAUUAUCAAUGAUCAACAACAUGGACAUGUCUAAUUCAGAUGGACAAUACGAGCCGAUGCAAAAACCCUCAAUGUUCGGUUCAAAACGAAUCAAGAUCGGUCUUGCAGUUUUUUUAAUUUUGGGUCUUCUGGCAAUUGCAGUUGUGAUUGUUGUUUCUUUGAUUCCGGUAUUCUUUGAAAAUACUGCAACAAGCUCAGCGACAAGUUCGUCGAAAGAAUCAAACUACAUUACGAAUACCUAUGCUUCAACUCUUAACCUCACCAGUACACAAAAUACAACGGUUACAAACACAGCCAGUGUUGCUCGACAAUUAGAAACAGCUGCUGGUUUAACAUCGAAUUCGAUCAACGUCUACGAUGUCCAAUUCACUACCGACAGCUCAAGCAGUACCGGUCGUCGUCGUCGUGAUUUGGAGAAUCAACGUAACAAACGCCAAUCGUUUCAAUGUAAUUCAAGAGCAUUAAAUCAAAACUUUACCCGUCUCCUAAUCAAACUGACCAUCGUUUAUCCAAAAUCAUGUGGUGUAUCACAGAUCUGCAAGCAAAAAUUUCUCACGAAUGCUCAAAGUCGUCUCGCUACCAGCAAUAAUUUUCCUCUCUUAUUUACAUUUGCUGACGGACGACCAUUCAACUUCCAAGUCAUGUUCUGCAAUUCAGUCGUAGAGUCAACAUCUCCAGGCACCUCAGGCGUUACAACCGCAGUAGCAGGUGCAACCUCGACAACGUCUGGUACUACGACUACCACCACCACAGUGUUCACUCCCAAUCUUUUCCAACAGCAAGCAUUGGCACAAACGAAUGUCGAUCGCGCAGCAUAUUGUGCUCCUGCGAUGACACUAGAUGCCGACAUAACGGCAAUUGCGCAAACUUAUGCACAAAAAUUGUGCGAUACGAAUACUUUUGUACACAGUGGAAAUACGUAUCAAGGGAAUUGGUUAGGUGAAAAUAUAUGGGAUUAUGGUGGAAGUGGUCAAACAAACAUCAAUUCUAUCAAUGGUUCAAGUCCAGUUGAAGAUUGGUUUAGCGAGUACGUUAAUUACAAUUGGGCAUCACCUGGCUUUGCAUCGAAUACAGGGCAUUUUACUCAGACGGUUUGGGUGGGCUCGACUCGUUUUGGUAUUGGUAUUUGCUGUACAGCAGAUAAUACGACAUGCUAUGUUGUGGGCAAUUAUUAUCCGGGUGGAAACGUUGGCGGAUCCUAUCCUCAGAACGUUUUACAGCCUCCAUGUUCUGGAAAAUAA